GCCAGAUUGUCGAGGUUUUACCGGUACAGUUCUUAUUAAAUAGCUUCAAACUCCCGUCUACUCCAUACUCGCUACCUUUCCUUUCUCUUCCACAAGUCGAUUUGGUCUGUCCUAUUUUCGUACGUCCUUCCACGGCGGAAAGCCCCCCUCUGUGCCAGCACUCCUCGACCAGCAGCCUGACAUAUGACCUCUAGAUAUGAGAAUUCCAGUCGGAAGACAACGAAACGACCAAACAUGGCGGGCACCAACCUCCCGCUCGCCUACCGCAUCUUCUUCCUCCUCAUCGAACCCAUCGCCACCGCCGUCGGCGCCUUCUACGCCCACUUCCGCCCCGACAAAUAUCUCCACCUCACCCACGCCGCCUCGGCUCCUUCCCCCACCGUCCCGCUGGGCACCGAGAUUGCCCUGUCCCAGCUGGGCAACCUAUACCUCGCCUUCGCCCUCAGCGAAGCCCUCGUCCUGCGGUGCACCGCCGACCUGCGGGUCUGGCGCGCCUUCCUCUUCGUCCUGCUGAUCGCCGACUUUGGUCAUCUCUACACCGUCCGUGCUCUCGGCCCGUCCAUUUACUACGACGUCUCCGCCUGGAACGCCAUUGACUGGGGGAACAUCCCCUACGUGUACUUCGCCGCCGCUGUUCGGAUCGCUUUUCUGUCGGGAGUCGGUAUGAGGAGCAAGGUGCAAACCACAAAGAAGCGGGCCUGAAAGAGAGAAACAAAACGGAAGGCAAGGGAAAGGGAAAAAAGAAGAAAAAAAGACAGAAUAGAAAACAGCAACACGAUGGGUUUGUCAUUUGUCGGGUCGCUAUCGGGCCGGGAGCAGGCGAAAACCCGUGCCUGAGAAGAAAUUCGAAAUUCUCCACUGGACGAGCUGGUCGAAAAGAAAGAGUCCAUAUCGAGAUCUCAGAACAAUGCCCAUGGAUCUCGGCGUGCAAGUGACAAAUUGAAGAAACCGUCGCACCAGAAGACUGCCCUCGAAUAUAACAGACACCAUUUGUCUCUCCUGUUCCCAUCAUCCCCAUUUUGCUCCCUAGUCUCGACUGCGAACCCACACCUCCUCCACCUCCCUCCCCAUUGACGGAGAAAUCGGCGUAACCCUCGGAAA